CACCACGAAAAAACCACACGAUAACAUUCCCUAACAACCGCUCCUGGACGAGCGUUGUUUAAUAGUCAUUUUGGACUAAAGUAAACUAAAACGUAAUCAAACAUCUCUAGAUCUAAAUCCAAAAAUAAAAUAUAGGUCUUAAAGAACAUUGCUAGUAUGUUUAUUGCCUCGGCAGAAAACAUUUGACGUUUGAGACAUGAAGGCUGAAAUGUUGUUCCCGUGGGUGUGGGGACUCCUCUUCUGCCUCACGUGCGCCCCAGUGGGGGGCCAGAACGCGCCCUGCAACCAGUCGGAAGAGGUCUGCCCAUGCAACGUCACACUAUUCGAGGCGGGCACUGAUAGGUCGGAUAUAAGUAAACCGUUCUCGCUUCACCAGGCUGUCAAUUUUUAUGUGGCUGCAACCUGGAGUCCAGACGCCAUCGUCGGUAUGAACGUGUACCACCGCAACACCCUCCUACCCCACCUGUCAGUGGCAUUCACCGUGGGCAGCGCGAGGAAAUGUGGGGACAGAGUCGAACAGAAGUUUGCGUUGUUUAACGAAAUCAGUGAGGAUGGUCCCAUCACUGGGUACGACGAGCUGAAGGUUAUCAUGUUUAUGAAGACUGACCCCAACAAGUCGGUGGUCACUUUCGACGCCAACGACAUGAACGUGAUGAACGACAGGAAGUCUCACUGCAUCCUCCAGGAAGUCGUCUGCUUCAAGUUCCUCGUCACCUACCACUUCGCGCCCUACAGAGGAAAGCUCUACAUCAAGUCUACCCCGGCUCAGCCAAAGCUGAACCAAUACCUGAACAUCUCCUGUUCCACCAAGGAUGGCAACCCGCCCCCCGUCAAAUAUGGCGUCAUCGUGUACUCAACCAAGGACCAGCAGAAGCUGUUUCACGCUGUGGUUUCAGAUGGUUAUGUGGAGUUUCCCAGCGCCUUCCCGGGCCGGUACAUCUGCGAGUCCAUCAGUUACCCCCGGGGGGUCAGGGUCUCGGUGACGUCACGUGACUACAUCAUGAUCAUGCCGGAGGAGCCCAACUGGAAGCUGGGUGCCCAGAUGGACAUGUACGGCAACAAUACGGAUAUGGAAUCGAUGUACGGAUCUAACACCACCCACGCUACCAACGACACCGCCAAGGAACCCGUGGAGCCGGCGCCCACUACUCUUGCCCCCGGUGGCCCUGAUCCUAAUGAACCGCCAACCGCCGGCGUGAUGAUCACUGAGAGAUCCAACACCACCACGGUCGCCAACACCACCCAGCCGGUCAAAAACAGCAGCAAUGCUGGGGAAGGUACCAAGCCCACAAUCCUGCUAUUCGGACUUCUGCUAGCUAUCUGCCUGGCUGUCAGCUAAUCGCCUGGCAACCCCAUCGCCCCUUCAUCGUCGCUGAUGGCAACCCCAUAUUUCAAUUCGUCGCAUACAGCGGACUUUUUUUUUUAUAAGAAAAAAAGAACCCACGGUGGCGCAGUAAUAUUUUACCUACGAAAUUUCUUUCAAAUGAAUAUUUUAUAAAGGCAAAUAAAAGCAC